GUUUGUUCAUAACAUCCGUUCAUUCAUUAUAUGCGGAGAAACAGGAAAUGAAGUGAUUGUUGUGACCAAAGAUGAUGUGGUCUUUCAUAUGAAUGUCAAUAAUAUCACACAAAUGACUGAAUUGUGUGAAUUGAAGGGAAAGGGUGUCAUCAAAAUCAGUGCCGGAUCGAGUCAUGUCUGUGCCCUCACAUCGGCCGGUGAUGUGUAUGUUUGGGGCGAUAAUAAGUAUAAUCAGUUGGGGACCGGAAAUACUACUUCAUCUCAACUUCCGUUGAAAAUGUCAUUCAAUUGUAAUAAUGAAAAAAUUGUUGACAUUGAAUGCGGUUCACACCACACACUGGUGCUGACCGAUGCCGGACAUGUGUACGCCUGGGGUUGUAAUGGCCAUGGGCAAUUAGGUAAUGGCAAUACCACUAAUCAAUCGAUACCUAUUCAAGUGAUGGGAGUUUUGAACGGAUGUCACGUGACAUCCAUUGUUUGCGGUGGAAUACAUUCACUGGCCGUUACGGACACCGGGAGUGUGUUUGGAUGGGGUUACAAUAGUUAUGGUGAGUUGGGAAUGAGUAACACAACCAACCAAUCAUCUCCCGUUCAGAUUCAAAAUUUUAAAGACAUAAAAGUGGUUAAAGCGACGUAUCGCUCGUUACCACUGACUGUUAAGGCCAGUCACCCGGUGCUCAACAGUAUGGCUCAAGCCUUCGACAAUUCCGAUAACUUUACUUUUAAGUUUGUGAUCGACGGCCACCCCAUACAUGUCCACAGAGAGUAUUUGAUUAUACGGUGCGAACGACUCAAACCAUUGUUAGACACUGAUAGCGCAGAAAGAGAGAUAACAGACUAUUCUUAUGAGGCAUUCAAAGCAUUUCUGAGAUAUCUGUAUACCAACGAUGUGUUUGUGGCGCCGGAUAUUGGGAUCCAGUUAUUAGGUUUGGCCGACACUUACGCCGAGACAGACCUCAAGCGAAAGUGUAUUAAACUUAUCUGUAAAGGCAUUACCGUUGAAAACGUGGCCCUUAUAUACGGGUCGGCUGUUAAACACUCGGAUCAAAUGAGUGAAGAGUUUGUUCAUAACAUCUGUUUAUUCAUUAUAUGCGGAGAUAAAGUGAUUGUUGUGACCAAAGACGAUGUGGUCUUUCAUAUGAAUGUCAAUAAUAUCACACAAACGACUGAAUUGUCUGAAUUGAACGGAAAGGGUGUCAUCAAAAUCAUUGCUGGUUUGAAUCAUGUCUGUGCCCUUACAUCUGCCGGUGAUGUGUAUGUUUGGGGCGAUAAUAAGUAUAAUCAGUUGGGAACCGGAAAUACGACUUCAUCUCCACUUCCGUUGAAAAUGUCAUUCAAUUUAAAUCAUGAAAAGAUUGUUGACAUUGAAUGCGGUCUUCAGUAUUCACUGGUGUUGACCGAUGCCGGACAUGUGUACGGCUGGGGUUUAAAUGGUUUUGGCCAAUUAGGUAUUGGCAAUACAACUAAUCAAUCGACACCUAUUCAAGUGAUGGGAAUUCUGGAUGGAUGUCGCAUGAAAUCCAUUGUUUGCGGUGGAAUGCAUUCACUGGCCGUUACGGACACCGGGAGUGUGUUUGGAUGGGGUCGUAACGUAUGCGGAGAGUUAGGGUUAGGUCACAACGACAACCAAUUAACACCCGUACAGUUGCCAUAUUUCAAUGAAAUCAAAGUGAGCAAGGUUGCGGCUGGAAAUGUUAGUACAGUAAUUCUAUCGGAUGAUGCAAACGAUAUUUCAGCGGCCGUUACGGCUAAUGGAGUGCUCUAUGUUUGGGGAGAAUGUCGACAACCAGUGGGCAAUUUGAUUACACCUAACGCAACGAAUCGCUCGAUACCACUCACUCUCGCCGACGAACACCCGGUGCUCAAUAGUAUUGCCAAAGCCUUUGACGAUCCGAUAAUCAGUAGUUUUAAGUUUGUGGUCAACGGACACCCCAUACAUGUCCACAGAGAGUACUUAAUUAUACGGUGCGAACCACUCAGAGGUUUAUUAGAAACCAAUAACUCAGAAAAUAUGAUAACAGACUAUUCUUAUGAGGCAUUCAAAGCAUUUCUGCGAUAUCUGUAUACCAACGAUGUGUUUGUGGCGCCGGAUAUUGCGGUCGAGUUAUUAGGUUUGGCCGACACUUACNAAGCAUUUCUGCGAUAUCUGUAUACCAACGAUGUGUUUGUGGCGCCGGAUAUUGCGGUCGAGUUAUUAGGUUUGGCCGACACUUACGCCGAGACAGACCUCAAGCGAAAGUGUACUCAACUUAUAAGUAAUGGCAUUACCGUUGAAAACGUGGCCCUAAUAUAUGGGGCGGCCGUUAAGCACAAGGAGCCGACCCUUCAGGAUAUAUGUUUCAAAUAUGCGCUGAAAAACUUUGAAAAUGUGUCCAAAACAGACACUUUCAAUGCUCUGGAUAUUAAUAUAUACAAGGAUUUCAUACGUAAGGCAUCACUAAAGGGGGCUUUUAGUCGUUAA